UUGUCGCGGAAGCCUUCAAACUCCCUUCCAUUGCAAUAGUGCAAUUUACACGGAACCCCCCGCACUUCCUAAGCCUCACGAACCCUUCCUACUCCGGUCCCCACCCGCUUCCUCUUCCCCCAAUUUCGCUCGACGCGAAACCCUAGCCCCCGCGAUCCUCUCGCCGGAGUGAGGAGGGCUCGCCGUUGCCGAUGGAGGUGAAGCUGUGGAACGACAAGCGUGAGCGCGAGCUCCUGGAGAGCUACGCGGACCUGUACGCCAUCAUCAAGGCCACGGAGAAGCUGGAGCGCGCCUACGUCCGCGAUCUCGUCUCCGCCGCCGACUACGAGGCCGAGUGCCUCAAGCUCAUCUCCCAGUUCAACUCCCUCUCCUCCUCGCUCUCCGGCGUUGUCACCAUCCCGCGCUUCGUCCAGGCCUACCGCCUCGACUGCCCCGCCGCGCUCAACCGCCUCCUCCAGUCCGGCGUCCCGGCCACCGUCGAGCUCCGCGCCGCCGCGUCAUCCUCCGCUCCUGCCUCCACCGCUGCCUCCGCUACCGCCAUCGCCCAGUGCGUCCAGAGCUUCAUCACCGCCAUGGACGCCGUCAAGCUCAACAUGCUCGCCAACGACCAGGUCCGCCCGCUGCUGCAGGAUCUCUCCACCUCCAUGGGGAGGCUCGGUCCCGUGCUGCCGCCGGACUUUGAGGGGAAGGUCAAGGUGAACGAGUGGCUCACCAAGCUGCAUAAAAUGGGGGCGGCAGAUGAGCUCACCGAGCGGCAGGCCAGGCAGCUCAACUUUGACUUGGACUCGGCGUACAGUGCGUUCCUGGCUGCCCUGCCCACUGCCGGCCUGUGAGCAAGUAUCUGCCUGCUUGGUUCCUAGUUGGUUUGUUCGUUCUGUUUUGUUACGCUUUUGACUGUGCAUCGCAACUGUAGUGCUAUAGAUAUGUGUAAUUUUGUCGUGCUAUAUUGAUUGUCAAUAAUAAAGUUGCCAAGUGUGAUGAA